ACGAUAGCCGCAGGUCGAAUCUUCCCGGACAGCGUAUAUGAAUGCUCCAACGAACCCCAGCGAUUGUGUUUGCAGAAGCACAUCACUAAGACAUAGUAUGUGUACAGACCGAAUCACUAGUAAUUUUUUUCUCUGUCGCAGGAUGACAGAAGGAUAGAACUAUAGUUAUAGAUCCAGUAUUGGUUAUAGGUUCGGUAUUGGCUCAGAGUUACUGCUAAAAGAAACAGAAUAGUAGCAUAAUAUAGAUUGGAGUAUAUUGCAAGAUGGGCUGGUUCGGAAGUGCACCUUCAAAAGUCUCUAGUGUAUCGGAAUACAAGGACGAAGAACCCGUUGAAUACUUGGAGGACUUACCUCCAAAGUUUGAAGACCAGGAGCCAAUGAAACAAAAACAGCUUGAAGCCACAUAUGCAGCUGCCUUUUCCCAAAUCAAGUUAUCUGACUUUAAACCAUCGACUUUUUUAAACAUGCCUUGUUUUAGAGAAGCGAUGAUCACCGGGUUCCAAAGCAUGGGUGUUUUGGGGGUGGUAACCUUUUUAAUCCAUAAGAACUUCAGCAGAGCCAUGAAUUGGGGUGUGGGUGGGUUCUUCAUUGGUAAUGUCAUCAGCUUCAACCAAUGUCGAGCCAUAAGAAGAAAAUCACUCGAUAAUAUGAAAAAGGCCCAGGAAGCAAACCAUGAAAGAAACGUUAAAAAAUGGCAAGAACAAAAUCCCAAUGCUGACGAUGAACAAUUCAGAAAAUGGCAAGAGGUUCAAGGUAAACGAUAGCUUUAUCUGGAGAAAGUCUUCCAUUCUUUUCUGUUUUCACUUAUGCCUUGUGUAUAUUCCUCUCUGUCUGUCAUUUCACUUCUAGCUCUAGCUCGGUAUGUUAUUCAAGUAUUAUAAUUGUAUAUAGGUUCAUGAUAUUCGUUUUGUAAGUAUUUGGUCCGGUUAUUAAGAGGAGGGGGGACACUAUAGUUGCAACCUCGGCCCGUACCGAAAAAUCGACUUUGAUGCGCUGCGUCGGGUACCAAAUUAAAAAUCUG